AUGGGGCCUGAAAUUACCCCGUCUCCUUCCGAUCCAUCGACCGGGCGACACUGGCAACCAGUAUCGCCCCGAUCUCCAUAUCAAUCGAGCGACGCAGUUUCGAAUUUACAUUCCCCAUGGCUUGAUCCGUUGAGCCCCAAUCUCCGAGACUCUCCUGUCUUCACCUCGAGACAUGACAGCCAAAUGGGCCUUAUGGGUUUCAACAGGGCCGAACCUAGCCCUACCCUGGGUGUCUUUCACUCCAGCACAAACAAACUCCUCCGGUCGGAACCCUGGUGGAAGAAGGCCCUCAAGAGCAAGUGGUCCAUGAUUAUCGGCCUUGUACUUGGAGUUGGCGGUGCUCUGGGUCACCAUUUUCUUUACCAUUACCUCGAUGGUCGCGAGGCCACGGACCAACAAUGGUGGCUUCGUCUAGGCCAAUUCAUCUCCUUCGUUGCCAAAGCAAACUUCGUCAUAACUGUCAUGAUGGCCCACCAGCAGGUAGCCUGGAGGGUAGUUGGCCAAAAGGGCUGCUCCGUCAAAGCUAUUGACUCUCUGUUCGGGUCUGCUCACAAUUUCAUGGAAAUCUUCAACAGAGAAGCAUGGAUCAGGUCUCGCCUGGUCAUGUUUCUUGCCAUGUAUAUGUGGGCAAGCCCUUUUGUCGUCAUCUUUACGUCGGCAACCCUCGAUGUUGUCCCGGGUACUCUUCGAGACCUUAACGCUACGUGCCCAUCGGUCCGGACUCUGAACUUCUCCCAUGAGUCCAAAGACAGCUGGCGAACUCCUUGGAUAACGGAAAAUAACACACUGAACGGUCUUUCGCUUUCACAAUACAAUGAGACCUAUCGAGGUGGGAAUCUUUACGAAGGCAAAAACUCAACCGCCUUGGACAUUUUUGAGUAUUGGGACCAACCCUCCAACUAUCUCGGGGCCAUUUCCUCUGGCGUUAUCUCUAGAAACCGAGCAACUCAAAGGGAAAAUGUCUCCGCGGAUAUCUGUGGCAAAGGUUGGGACUGUUCAACCACGAUUCAUUUUGUCGCGCCAGGAUAUUAUUGCACAGAGCAUAAAGAAGCCGAUCCCUCUGACCCUGUUCAACUGGACGAUAUUGUUCCCACUGGAAACUUAAGCUAUAAGGCGAUCACACAGGACGGAGAGUAUGCUCGACCGCAGAUCGCGACGUACAAUGGCAGUGCCAUUGUACCACAACCACCGCCGUUCCCUACAAAUUUAGGUGCAUUCAGAACAGAGCCGAUGAUAUGGAUUGGGUAUGCAGCCGUGGAAGAUACGACUCAAAAACAUGAGCGCAACAGGAGCCAGAAGUCAUGGAACACCAAUUAUACUGCGGUUAUUUUCUCCUGUGAGCACCGGGAAACUAACUACACGGUCGAUUUCAACUACACGGGGGGGAUUCAGACGUACAAUGUGACCAAGCGAGACUACAAGCAAAAGAUUAUCAACACGAAAUUCGCAGGAAACUUCAGCGAUGAUGGGACUUUCGAUAGGACUUAUGCAACACCGGACAGCAAGUAUGUCACUCCAAAGUCAGACUACGGCUGGUAUCGUCAAGUUGCCGCAUAUCAUAGCCUUGGCAAGAAGCUGCGCGACCUACUCGCUGGAAAGAUCACAUGGCCAGAAGCUAUAGCAGAAGGCCUCAUCACAACGUCAAAGCUCAUUGAUCGACAUGAAUCUCUCCCUGUUCCCAACUUACAGCACCAGGUGCGCCGCCUCUACGAGGAUUUGAUUAUAUCUCUACUCUCGGAUCCUCAAUUUGCUGUCGUGGCGUGGGCCGCGGACCCAACCAGACGCUCAGGUAUAGGGAGGGGUGGCGAAGACACACGAUACAAAUGUGUACGGCAGAAAACAGGCGCCUUCUUCUUUUAUCAUUGGCCAGUCCUUGUCUCAGUCUACUUUGCAUCGUUCGCCAUUGCGGCGAUGGCUGUAGCGUACGGCAUCUUUGCAAUGCAGAAGGACGGGAUUGACAAGCAGCGCGAGAUGACAUUUUCUUCCAUCGCGGGGGCAACUCGGGUGGUAAAUCUGGAGCAGGUUGACGGAGGGGCGACCAAAAUCAGGUGUUGGCCUGUUGAAGAGAGUCCAGGGGAUCGAUAUUAUGAGUUUAGGGCUGAGAGACACGGUGGACAAUAG